AUGUCCGUAUAUCUUAUUUACAUCACAUGGUGUGCACAAACAUCCACCACCACCACCAAGCAAGCCAUCCGAAAGGAUUCUACAGGGGAUAAAAAGAAUUAUUCAACAGGUUCAAGACCCAAGUUUGACUACAGUCCACAGCUUGAAGCCUUCUGUCAGCAGUAUAAUGCUUCUACACUAGGAGAGAUCCACUCUAGCUUUUGUAAUAAGGACCGGAUUGCAACAAUUAUCCAGAAGCAACGCUUGCUUUCAUAUCCUAAUGGACAGGAUAUUAAUGGUCUUAUUUUCCUGCAGGAAAUUGAUCAACAUGUAAAGGAUUACAUUCAAGAAGUGUAUCAUGAUUCCCAAGGCACUAUGGUUUUAUGUGGCUUUAAAGAGCAGAUCCAGCUUCUGGCUCAGCUUACCUCUUUUGAAGUGGAUAUGUCUUACAAGCGACUUCGCUCUAAGGAAAUGAAUAAGGUGCUCUUUGCAACAUUUUUACCAGACCAGUGCAAGAUUAUUACUUUGCUGCGAGUCUUCACUACUGAGGAUUCUACUGAGGGAUAUUAUUUACUCUUUAAGCGAGUCUUUGCUCUGGUCCAGAAGAUAUCCAGGAAGCCAGUUCAUUUCGAUCCAAUCCAUGGGACUGGAAUCUAUGGUAUUAUUGUUGACAUGGACAGCAAGCAAUAUUCUGGGUAUGAAAAUGAGAAUGUCCAAAAUUGGGCAAAACACAAGAAAAAUGCAAUUAUUAAAGCAGGGUUGAAUAAAGCUUGCUCUAAAAUCCAACCCUGUUAUUUUGAUUUACUGCGUAACCAUACUAAUGCUGUGGAGCAAUCUCAUCAAAAGUUAUAUACAUUGGGCAGGUAUCUGACCUUUGUGGAAGCAGUAAAAAAUUCUGCAAAGCUUGACAAGGAUGAUAUUCUACAGUAUAAUAACUCCCUCCAAUUUAAUGUUCAUCAUUCCUAUCGGAUGUUAAACAUGGAAGCUAAUUAUCUUCGCCAUAUAAGUCGGGAAAGGGGCCAUAAACGCCAAUGGUCUACUACUGAAUCUAAUACUUCUGAGGAUCAAGUGGCUCCACCGGCUCGAAGACCUUCAAGGUCAUGCACACAAUCCUCAUCGCAAAAUGGUGAUAAUGAAUCAACAAUAUCUUCACAGGAUCUUCGACGUGUGGCUUCUACAAAUGUUCUAACUUUAGAAGAGAGAUACAAAGAGCUUGAGUUACGAAGGCUUGAAGCAGAAGUUAAGCAAAAAGAGGAACAAAUUCGCUUGCAACAGCUUGAAAAUGAGAGAUUAGAGCUGGAUCUCAUAGAGCGGCGGAUUCGAAUCCAGAAUGCCCAGUUAAGUGGUUAG